UCAAACCAACCGAUUCGUCCACUUAAAGGAUUCAUUCAAAACUCGUUCACGAAACAAACGCAGUGAACUUCUUCAGCGUGGAUAAGUUUUCCCACACUUAUCACAGAGUGCUCCCUGUGAAGUAGAGCUCAAACCAGUGAUCUUUGCUGGAUUGUUUCUAUGUUCUGAGGUGAACUAGCGCAGCACGGAUGUGAGUUGCCUUUCUCUUUAAUUCGGCUGGAUACUUUAUUGCGGAGCCCCCACAAAAUGUUGGAGGGCGGGCCGCGCGCAGCAGCAGUGCAGUGAGUUGUCAAAAAUCUGUUGUGGUGGUGAUACCGAGGGUCCAGAACGCCCACUACGGUAAAUUGUUGUGAAGUUUGACUCGCCAGGGAUAGUUGUUAUAAACGUUACGAUUGCGAUUGUCCUUUUGAAUUGAGGUGGACGAUAAUGCAGCGCUUUGUCUCACUGCAACUUCGGGCGGGGGACAGGCGCAAGGGCGCGGGCUGUGCAUAGUUAUCCAGUGCGCAAGUGUCAUUCUGCUGGUUUAUCCCAAACAACUGCGUCUCCAACCGCAGCGGGAUGCCUCUGAUCAGCCUGGACGACGACGAGCAGAGAUGGGUCCCGACGCAUGUCAACGUGACCGUCCUUCGCGCGAGGGGUCUGCGGACGAAGGGCAAGCAAGGCAGCCGCUACGUUUACACCAUCAUCCAGGUAGGCAAGGAGAAGUACACCACCGGCCUGGUGGAGAAGGCUGAGGAGCCGCAGUGGAGCGAGGAGUGCGCCUUUGAGCUGCUGCCUGGGCUGCUGGAGGAGGGUGGGAUGAGCAGCAACCUGGUGCUCACAGUGAUGCACCGCGUGCUCAUCGGGCUCGACGUGUUUCUCGGUCAAGUUAUUAUUCCCCUCCACAGAGUUUUUCAGGAUGGAAUGUGUCCCAGAAAUGAGUGGCUCAAGCUGCACUCCAAGGCUGGUCGAAAAGAGAAGGAGCGGGGCGAGCUGCAGGUCACCGUCCAGUUCACCCGCAACAACAUGACCGCUAGCAUGUACGAUCUGACCAUAAAGGACAAGCCCCGUUCUGCAUUUGGAAAGCUGAAGGACCGCGUCACGGGAAGAAAGAAAGGAGACAUGGAAUCCUCCUCUGCCAUUUUACCUGGCCGCUACGCCGCACUAUCAGGGUCUUUAGGUCCUCCUUUUGCAGGAGAUGGUGGACCAGAUGAACCGGGCGAGGAAGAGGGGGUCGAUGUACACCAGAGUAAGGUGAAAGACUUCUUCCUUAAGGGAAAGCUGCGCAAGAAUUCAGACACUCGGUCGUGUUCGUCAUUGGCAUCAGACAGUAGCAUGGCGUCCUCCGCCGGGGAUCCAUUCGUCUCAGUAGAGCUGUCCAGAACACCCAUCUACAGCAGCAGAGUGAUGGAGCCCUUCCGAAUGGACACUGAAGGUGGAAUUAAAGUGAUGACUCACAAGCGCGCACACAGUGAUGAAGCCAGUAAGAUCACAGGUCUUCCUCAUCCCAGCCCUGCUGUGGAAAACCUCAAAGGCCAAAGUAUGUCGCUCUCCAAAUCAACCCUGUGCAUCAAUGGUAGCCAUAUCUACUCAUCCGAGCCUGUCAGCCCCAAGAGUCCAGGCACCAUCCCAGCCAAGCGCUCCCUGCUGGAGAAAUGUGCACCCCUUUCUCGCUCUCUCCAGAAUCUGACCCGACGUGGUGAAGACUCGCAGAAGAGCGAUGGGAGACGUUGGUCCAUUGAAAAGAGCAAGAAGGAGGACAGUGAGGCAGAUGAAGCUCAGAGUCAGACCCAAGGAGCUGGCACCUCAGCGGGACCGGUGGAAGUGGUGGAUAAAGGAAAAAAGCUGAGGAAAACUCUGUUUUCUAGCGGGCGGAGUGACUCUCUCCCAGCCAAGCCGGAGCAGAGCCAGGUUUCUGCUCCUCUUGAGGGCAGACGCAGAGGAUGGUUUGGCUCCGGUGACUCCCAGAACAAGCCAAGGCUGGGAGUCUCUCCUAAGGUAGAGAGCAGCUCAGACACCCCCUGUCAGAUCCCUUGCUCCCCCAGUCAGCCCCCAUGCUCUCUUCCCCUUGGUUGCACUACUAGCUCGGUGUCUCCCCCUAGUGGCAAACACACCAACCCAUUCACUCACUCUUCCCCAACACCCCCUUCCAUCUCUCCCUCCAACCCUUUCCUCACACGACUACAACAAAACCCCUUUUUUGAGGAUCUUAUAGCCGAGGAAUCACUGAAGUCUCCGACUGCUGGCUACUGUUCUCUUAAUUCCAGUUUUUAUCAUUAUCCAGUCGGAUGCAGUCCCCUCCAGAACAAAAAUGGACCACAGAACAAAAUGUAUGCAAUAAAACGGGAAAGACCCAGAAGUAUGUCCAGACAGAGAUCUCUUCCGGCUAUUAUGCCUGAGACACCAGAUCAAAACUCAAACACUAAUCCCAACCACUCUCUGUCUGAGAGGGCCGGGGAAUGGGAUGAUUUUGAAGCAUUUGCCACCAGCCGACUUAAAUCACCAAGUGGGACUCCAGCCAGACCUCCAUCGGCACCGUUUUUCUCACAGGUACCAAAUACAAACCAGUGUGUAAACAACAAUGUGAACACUGGUUUAAGGGUCGAUGAAGUUGACAUGGGUGUUUCAAGGCCAUGGGAUCUUCCUCCUCUACCACCACGUAGACCCAUGAGGACCCAAGGGAUCACCACGGACAGCUGGUUGGAUAGAGCCCAGGAGCUGGCUGUGCAGAAAGAGGCCUGCUUCCUUUCCCAGACUGACUUCGCCUCCCUUCAGCAUGUGAGAGAUGGAGAUGUGAAGAGGAACUCUCAGAUUUUAUGUUCAGAUAAAGAGUUGCACCAUAUUUCUUCAGUAGGGUGUAGCAAGAUAGAUGCAGAGUUUCACAGCGGUAUCAGACUGAACGAAUUAAUGCUUGGGGAAGCAAGGGGUCAAGAUUUUGCCACAAACAACGAUGGUAAUGGCUCACCGAAUGGUUUCGGUGAAGAUGCACUCAGAAGUUCUGAAUGUGAGUACACAGUUCCUGAAACUCUGUGUUUCCCAUCCGACUGGGAAACCACAGUGACCGAAUCCCUUUGCAGUUCACCUCAGACCCAACCGAAACAUGAUUCAGAAUCGUCCUUUGAAUUAAAGGUCUCUAAUGUACAACAAUGCAGGACUAAAACCGAUGGCGUGGGUUUGUUGACCCUCUCACCUAAAGAUUCAAACAACAAUACAGAAAGUACCUCAGAGUUUGCUUUUAUUGAUUCUGGAAGUUCACUGUCUGAGUUGCAACCACCUUUUGAAAUGAAUAAAGAUGGUGUUAAAUCAUCCAAAGAUUGUUCAAAUUUGCACUCGAAUGGUCCCUCGCUUCCCAGAUGCUCCACAGGAUUACCAGAGGAUAUAUUGUGCAAAAUGGCAUCAGAGUUGGAGAUGUUUUCACCAAAAAAUACCCAUUGUAAUAUCACAUCAUAUUUGUCUGACUCACAAAACCAUAAUCCUUGCUCAUCACCUUUUGAGAGAUCUAGUGAAGAACUGGGAAGACAUGAAGUCGACACUUGUGAACACCAAAACAUUGCUUCAAACCUUAACUGUGAGUCUUACGACGUGGCUGGCGUUCUCCUCAACAAAGAGAUCACUGUGAUCAAUCAAACAUGCUCAAGCAAAGACAACACUGUGACAAUGCAAAUCAAACAAGAGGUAGCAAAAGACAAUGAUUUGCUCACUACACAUGAUGAUAAGGAGCAUAAUCAUUUAACAGAAGGUAAUCUAAACUCUGAAGUCUGCUUCUUAAAGAACAACAAAGUCGAGGAAUCUUGUUCGACGCUGGAGGAACAAAUAAGCUUUGAGGACUUGCAUGCUAGAGUAGCUCCAAGAAACUCCAGAAGCCCUUAUAAAACAGAAGUCAGAUCAGCCCGCAUCAGACCGCGCUCAACCACAGGCUCACCCAAAACCAUCUCGGGUGCCGAUUCGCUCCCAGGCUCUCCUCAUCCUAGGUCAGAUCUCUUUUUGCAUGAUCCUUCCCCUUCACCCCUCCCAUUAGCAGGUACUAGUUCCUGUCUCCACCCUGACCCUUCCCUUCCUGCGAACCCCCCAAUCGAGUUGCCCAGCAUGGGUUCCACAUGCUCCUCCACCGCCCAGCCCCACGUUGACGCACCACUCUCCCUCUCACCUGAGGAGACACAGCCAGCUAACGUCCUCCUGCACCAUGAGGAGAGCAGCCCUCACCCAGUGAAGCCCUUGACCAACACGACUCUACAGGGAGAGAAGAAACCUGAAAGCCGCUCAGUGCUGGAGAAACUCAAGUCCACCAUCAACCCAGCACGAUCUGCACCAGCAACCACUGCUGAGGAUGAGAAAAACCAGCUGGCUCUGAUGGAGGCUCGGGCUCAGUAUCAGAACAUGACUAACAUGGAGCUGAUAGCUCUGCUGCUUCAGCAGGAAAUGGACGUCAAGAAGCAGCAGGCUGAAACUGAGGUGCAGGUGGCGUUAUUGGAGAAACGUGAUGCCGAACUGAAGAAGAUGAAGGUUCAGGUCAGAGACCUGGAGGACUACAUUGACAAGCUGCUGGUGCGCAUCAUGGAACAAACGCCGACCUUGCUGCAGGUACGCGCCAGACCAAAAUGACUACAGCGACCUGCUCCGUCCCAAGAACACCUCAUAUUGAUCUAAAGCCAUUUGUGAUGCUCUGUUAAAUUUCAAAACUGCCAGAUUCACGUAGACACGAUAAAGCUUUGCAUGCUUCUCACUGGAUUUCCAAAUCAACAAUCAUUGAGGUUUAGCAUACUCCUAGUCAUGCUAUGAGCACAAGGCAGUGGUUAAAAGUAAAAGAAAGUCAUAUUCAUAAAUGUGCUAAUUUCCAUAAUAGGAAAUAAGUUCUGGGAUCUUUAUGCAUUCAAAAUAUCAAACAAACUGUCUCUAAAUGUAUACAAAUCCAUAAAUGCAAGUAAAAAAAAAACGCUGCCUUUAUUAAUUGACUUCUUGAAACGUUAACACUCAUCUUUUCUCAUAAUUGGAAAUUUUUUGAACAAAAUGAUAAAAUAACACUAAAAACAAUAACCCGGAGUCUUCUCAAUUAAUGUGUCGAACUUCCAUAUCUCAAUCCUGUCCAUAUUUCAAGAAAAUAUUGUUGACCGAUUUAUUGACAUGGUAUAUUCACAUGGUAUUAAAACUAAUACGUUACACGUAUUAUGAAUCCAGAGAUUUAAAAACAGUAAAAUUUAAUACAUAAUAUGUAGUCUAAUACACCUUGUGUCAAAGUUGAUGUAAAAUACUGCUUUAAAUAAUAUUAUGUAAAUGUAAAUAAAUAUCUUACUUCUUGAUAGCUUUAAAAAGGUAAAAAGCACCUUAAUGCAAAACCGUUGUGCUUGAGCCAGUCAGCUUUGCUUCAUAGAAACCGCUGAUAUUAGUGCAUGCUCACUUCCAUCAAGCACUCGCACAAAAGCAGAGAUUGUCUCUGCAAACAUGUAAGCUAUGCAAUACAACCUGCUAAGCUGUAGCUUGAGUUAAUAUAUGCUACACAAAAUAUAUCCAUGAAGCCUUAGCACUGCAGCAUACUUAGAUCAUUGCAAACGUAGCAAAUUUAGUGAUAUGAAAAUGCCUAAGAUUUCUAAACCACUAAAACAAUGGAAGAUCUGUUGUUCAUUUUACUGCAUUAUAACUUCAUCGUGUUAGAGUGGCUUUGUGAUUUUCUCAGAUAUUCAUUCUGAUUGUGUUUCAUAUCAUUGUUUUUGUUCUGUUUUCAAAGAUAAAGUUACGUGUGACUUUUGUUCAUUAUACAGUAUUCAGUGUUUUCUUGGUUGAUGUUUCCUGAUUUAUUAGGCUGAUGUAAUUGAGAUUCUGUCACACAAGAACAUCAGUUCUAUGUCUCAGUAUUGGACGUAAAGAAAGUACAGGGUUCCUCUUAAUUUUGUUGACUCAAGGCAUCAAUUUUUCUGUGUAUCACCCACAAUACAUCCUGUGAUUCUAGAUUGUUGCU